AUAACUCCCGAGUGAACCGCAGAAUCAGAGGGACGCUGCUCUGGAAACUUGAGAUGGAGCCACCACCUCGACCAACAGUCUUUGACUUCCAUGGAGUCUGCAUGACCAAAUACUUCACUGAAAACUGGGACAACAUCCAAAGCUUCGAAGCGAGACCAAGUGAUAUUGUCAUAGCUACUUUCCCUAAAGCAGGGACAACAUGGGUCUCUUACAUCCUGGAUCUGCUGUAUUUUGAGGAAAUGGGUCCUGAGCGCAUGGCAUCCAUCCCCCUUCAUGAGAGAGUGCCCUUCCUGGAGAUCAGCGCAUCUAUUCAUCUCAAAGGCAAAGACCAGGCGGACCAGCUACCCACCACUCCUCGUCUAAUUAAAACUCAUCUACCGAUCCAGUUUCUGCCAAAGUCCUUCUGGGAGCAGAACUGCCGGAUUAUCUACGUUGGUCGUAAUGCAAAGGACGUGGCAGUGUCCUAUUUUCAUUUUGGCCGGAUGAACUUGCUCCAGCCAGAUCCAGUUAACUGGAGCACCUUCCUGCAGGAUUUCAUGCAGGGAAAAAUUGUGUUUGGAUCUUGGUAUGACCACGUGAACGGCUGGUGGGAGAAGAAGCAGACAUAUUCCAAUAUUCACUACAUGCUCUAUGAAGACCUGACUGAGGACCCGGGACGAGAGAUAGACAAGCUCUGUUCCUUCCUCGGUUUGUCUCCUUCGGCUGAAAAGAAGGAAAGAGUCGCAACUGGAGCGAAGUUUGACAACAUGAAACAAGACAAAAUGGCCAAUUAUUCCACUAUUGAAGUGAUGGACCACAAGGUUUCUCCUUUCAUGAGAAAAGGGAAAGUUGGUGACUGGAAGAACCACUUCACUGUGGCUCAGAAUGAAGAGUUUGAUGAAGACUACAAGAAAAAGAUGAAGAAUCCCAAACUGAAGUUUCGCAAUGAGAUUUAGAAGUCUGGCCCGUUUGCGAAAUGAAACAUUCCUGAACUGUUAUUUUAUCAAAUAGCGUGAGCCAGAUGUUUGAUUCAGAGAUUUGGUAACAAGACAAUUAUGUCUGAUUACAUAAUUUAAUCAAUUAUCAAAGUUGGACUUUUACUGAUAUAAUCCUUGAUAUAGUUACUGUGAUUUAAUUUUAGUUUGUAGAGCACAUUUCAUACAGAAGUAGUCUCAAUGUGCGAAGAAUAUAGGAAACAUUAAAGGAAUGAUACUCUGAACCGAUUAAAUAACCAACAGCAGAUGAAUGAGACACAAACACACACACACACAUACACACCAAUUAACUACCUGAAGCCAGAGAGAAAAUAAAUGUUUUAAAUUUGCUUUUGAAAGAAAAAGCAGUUGGCACAGGCCUCAUCUCAGAUCAGAGAUAAUGGUCAUGGUGUCUACAUGCAUCUUCACCUGAAGAAUGAGUUUUUUAAUUCCAGCUACAAUAAGGAGACAUAUGCUUGAGGAUCUAAGGGAUCUGGUUGUGCUAUAGUCAGUGAGCAUGUUAGAAAUGUAUCAGGGAGCCGUACCAUUCAGGGCCUUGUAAACAAGUGGAAAUACUUUGAAAUCCAUUCAUUACUGUACCAGCAGCCACAGUCUCUUUGUCAAACUUAAUUUAAUAGAAAUGUACUGUAUCUACUGUUAAGCUGUGAUCUCAUGGUCCUGAAAACA